AUAUAAAAAACCGCGGGAGGAGGGACCGGAAGUGUUUUUUCAGCAUUUGAGUAGAGAUUGGAAGCCGAAGCGUCAACACGGAUUUUCUUUGGGAUAAACGGACAGGGCUGGCUGCAAAAACGAUGCCGCACUCCCGACGGUUCCCGUCCUCUGAGAGGGCCAGUCACAGCAGCUACCAGGAUCGAUAUCGGGAGCGGGAUCGAGACAGAGAGCGAGGGAGAAAACUUCGACACCGUCGCUCACACUCGUUCUCUUCUAGCAGUGAACAUGAGAGGAGAGGGAGGGGACACAGGCUGGAGGGUGGCUAUGCACGAUCCAGGAGCUACGACAAUCGCUCUUCAGACCGCAGGCCAUACGACAGACACUAUGGCGAUAGUUACCGUCGACAGGACCACAGCCGGGAACGGGACAAGGAACACGGAACGCCGCGCAACUACUACUCCCGCGAUGCCUCGCCCAGCUACGACUACCGCCGGGGACGCGAUCGGGACCACGAGGACUCCUACAGGAGGAAAGGCAGCAGGCGUAAGCACAAACGAAGGCGGCGUAGAACCAGGUCCUAUAGCCCAUCCUCCUCGCGGAGUGACAGCGGGACACGGGCACUGUGUGUGAGGGACGACGAGGAAGGUCACCUGAUCUGUCGGAGUGGCGACGUCCUACAAGAGAGAUAUGAGAUCGUCAGCACUUUGGGUGAGGGCACCUUCGGGAGGGUGAUGCAAUGUAUUGAUCAUCGCAGAGGUGGAGCUCAUGUCGCUCUAAAGAUCAUCAAAAACGUGGAGAAGUACAAAGAAGCAGCACGGCUGGAAAUUAACGUACUGGAAAGAAUCAAUGAAAAGGAUCCUGAAAAUAACAACUUGUGUGUGCAGAUGUUUGACUGGUUCGACUAUCACGGCCAUAUGUGUAUCAGUUUUGAGCUACUGGCUCUCAGCACUUUCGACUUCCUCAAAGAAAACAAUUACCUGCCCUACCCCAUCAGCCAAGUGAGAGACAUGGCCUACCAGAUCUGCCUGGCUGUCAAAUUUUUACAUGAGAACAAGCUGACACACACAGACCUGAAACCAGAAAAUAUCCUGUUUGUCAACUCUGAUUUUGCAAUCACGUACAAUGUGGAGAAGAAGCGUGAUGAGCGUACUAUAAAGAACACAGCAGUGAGGGUGGUGGAUUUCGGCAGCGCUACAUUUGAUCACGAGCACCACAGCACCAUUGUCUCUACCCGACACUACAGAGCCCCAGAAGUGAUUCUGGAGCUGGGUUGGAGUCAGCCGUGUGACGUGUGGAGUAUUGGCUGCAUUCUCUUUGAAUACUACCUCGGCUUUACUCUUUUUCAGACGCAUGAUAAUCGGGAGCAUUUAGCCAUGAUGGAGAGGAUUUUGGGCCCUGUUCCAUCUAGGAUGAUUCGUAAGACUAGGAAACAGAAAUACUUUUAUCGUGGACGACUGGACUGGGAUGACAACUCCUCAGCAGGUAGAUACGUCCGAGAAAACUGCAAACCUUUACGGAGAUAUCUUCUCUCUGAAGCUGAAGAGCAUCACCAACUCUUUGAUCUUAUAGAGAGCAUGCUGGAGUACGAGCCAGCAAAACGCAUCACUCUCGCUGCUUCCCUGAGACAUCCCUUUUUCCAGAGCAAUGCAACUGCUGCCGAGCAGAGCGCCGGCAAGAGUUGGGAGGGCAAUCGUGACAUCAGCCGGUGACAAAUAAAAUGCAUUUAGCAUCAACCAACGUCUCUUAUGCCAAAAAACUUUGAGAACUCGCAAGCCAAGAGAGAUGAUGUGCAGUUCGACUGACUUUAUACAAAGUUCAAGAGAAAUCAAUUCAAGCAGUUUUGCUGCUGCUGGAUCUGCAGGGUUGUACAGCUUGCAACUAAUUUCUCAAUCUUCCCAUAAUGUGAGGACACGCUCAUGUGCAGCAGAAAAAGUGUUAUAAAUGAUCUCAUGAACUGUCAGGCUUUAACCGAUAUUUGAUCGGACGAUUCGAGGGAUUGUGUAAUAGCGGCACCCCAAUGAGUAGACGUGAGGUUUAUUCUUCCAGUGAUCCGCCAGUUGUGGCUAAUGAUUUUCAACAGUUAAGGGGUUUGAAGUAGGCGCGCUGUUAAUGUAACACUCCUUUUAUUCUGAAAAUAAUUGACCGUCAUAAUAAGAAUCACUGUUACAAUGUAGUAAUUUAUUGGGCUGAAACGUUUUGUGCAUUUUAGCCCUAAACUGAUAAAUCAUAAAUGCAUUACAGUACACAUACACACACACACUUUAUUUUCAAUUCAGACCACAUAAUGGAGCACGCAGUGUUCUGGUGCUCGUUUCCUAAAGAGCACAUGUUUACAGUAUUUAUUUAGGUCUACCCGGACAUCUCUUUUUGUGUCUUUGUAUAAAUGUGUAAAUAUGAAUAAAUAUGUUGUGACUCUAGAAUAAAGGUCCUGUCUGUC